AUGGGAGAGUUAGUGAAGAAUGGAACCAUGUUUCCACCUCCAAAAUACCUACCAAACUCUCACACCUUGCUACCUCACGUAGUAGUUGGUGAUGAUGCAUUCAGUUUGAGUGAACAUAUGAUGAAGCCUGAUCCCAGAGCACAAAUAUUGCACGAUGAAAAGAAAAGAAAGUUCAACUUCUGCCUCAGCAAAGCCAGAAGAACUUCUGAAAACGCUUUUGGCAUCAUGAGCACCAUUUUCAGAAUUUUUUUUACUCCAAUAAAUUUAAAAACUGAAACUGUUGACUCGAUUAUUGUGGUGUGCUGCAGUUUACACAACAUGCUGAGGGAUGAUUAUUUAUCAUUGAAUCCUACAAAAGUGGAUAUAACGUCAAAUCUGGAGGGCUUCCCAACCCAAAACCUUAUCAAUCUAGCAGGUACAGGUGGUUUUGCGGGGGCUGAAGGAUUUGAAGUGAGGAGGCAGCUCACUAAUUACUUCAGUCCGCAGUGA